AUGGAUUACCAGCGAGUCCUACAGCCAGGGGCAAUUGGAGAUUCACCCAAUUCCGACACUCUUGAGGACAGCAGAUGGACAACAUAUCAAUACACCCCAUUGAAUGAAAGGAACCGAGAGUUUCGUCUGCUACGACUUCUCCCUCUACCAAAAUCAGCACAAGUACCGCUUCAAUGUCAAAUCCUACACGUAUCCCUGAAUCGACACGAGAAAAUCGAAGCCUACGAAGCAAUCUCCUACUACUGGGGAGAUCCCACCCCGAAUUCCACCAUCAACAUCCAAGGAACUCGUCUGAAUCUCCCCAAAAGUUCAGAAAGAGCACUCCGACGCCUAGCCCUUCCAAAUACCGAACGACUCCUCUAUCUAGAUGCCGUCUGUAUCAACCAAAGCGACUUGUCAGAGCGAGCAACCCAAGUCCAACUCAUGGGAGAUAUAUAUCGCAAUGCUCAAGCCACCACAUUGGUCUACUUUGACGAGGGGACUUCCCAAACGGCCAGCCAAGCUCUCACUGAUUUACGACUUCUACAUCUCGAACUUCAAGAAGAUUGUAAGCCCUACACUGCACUCUGGGAUCUCGCAUGGCGGGAUGGAACAGUGAACAAGGCACGCCAUCCUCCCAAAACACCUGUAAAUUGGCACGCCAUAAUGGAACUCUUCCAAUAUCCCUGGUUUCGUCGAGUAUGGGUCGUCCAAGAAAUCGCCCUCGCAAAGAAAUCCCUCCUAAUCUACCACAACUCCUCAAUCCCCAUGACCUCCGUCCUCGACAUAGCAAUUUAUCUCCGAUUCCACCACGCAGACCACAUCCCAUCAACCCUCCACGAAACCCUCCAAACUCCCUCUCACAUCUGGUUCAUCCGUCUCAAACUCGCUCGUAAAACUCCCUCCUGCUGCAAUUUACUCCUCAGUGAAAUUCUCCCUUACUCCCACGGAUUACAAGCUACAGAUCCCCGGGAUAAAGUCUAUGGAAUUCUAGGACUUUUAUCAAAGGAAGAAGUACAAGAAUUGCCCGUGGUGGAUUAUACGAAACCUAUUGAGCAGGUUUUUCGGGAUGCUACGAGGAGAUGUUUUGCCGAUCCGGAUUUUCCUCUUGCGGCGUUUUCGCGCGUGUGGAUUCGUGAUUGGGAGGAGCUUCUUUGGGGGAGGAGGAGGAAGGGAUUUCCUACUUGGGCGGCGAGAUUGGAACUUUCGGGUAGGGAGAGUUUCGUGCCAAAUUUGUUGCUUGAGCAUGGAGGGGUUGGUACUGCUGCUGCUGGGGAUGUGGAAAUUGCGAGACGGGCGGUUGAGGUGGUUGGUGAUGAGGCGGAUGUGAUUGUUUUGAAAGGGGUGGAGAUUUGUCGUGUUGUGGAGAUUGGUUCGUGUGCGUUGGAUUGCUCGAGAGGAGGGGGGUUUGAGACUUUGAGGAGGUGGAUCAGGGAAGCUGGGGGUAUGGGGGAGGAAUUCCGAGGAUGGGAGAGUGGAUUUGCGAGAACGUUGGUUGCUAAUACAUGUCAUGUGGAUAAACUCAGCGAGGAAAGGUAUCAUGUUGAUCUUAUGGCUUUGCUUGGAGAGGAUGAGGGGAUCCUGGGUGUUGGGGAGGAUAUUCAGGAAUUUCAGAAAUCGAUUAUAGGGGCUUGUCAUAUGCGGAAGUUUGCGAUUAUGAGUAGUGGGAAGACUGCUUUGGUUCCGGCUUUGACGGAAAGGGGGGAUGAGGUGGUUAUGAUGCAUGGGGCUUAUAUGCCUGUUGUGUUGAAAGCUGAUGGGGAGAGUGGGGAUUGGCUGCUUUUGGGGAAUUGUUAUGUGGAUGGGUGGAUGAUGUGGCAGGAAAAUGGAGGGAGACUUGAGCGGAGGUUGGAGGAGGAGAGUACGUGGUUUAGAAUUCGAUGA